AUGAAGUGCCAACACACCGCCAUCCUUGCUGCCCUCGCUGGGCUCACUGCUGCUGAGGUUCCCCAGGAACACUCGCACGAGAAGUAUCUCAUCGCCGUCAACGAGCUCCUCCAGCUCAACAACCCCUUCAACAUUGCCGACUCCGUCUUUGGUUUCCUCGGUGCCGCCGCCGCUGCCGACGGUGCGGGUGACGUGACCAACACCGACUGUCUGCAGCAGAUCACUGCCGACUCGGCGUUCACAGGCGCCAAGACUGCCGGCGACAUCGACGGCAUGGCUAACGCCCUCAUCUUCCGCGCCCUCGAGCGCAACAGUCUCUCCGUGGGCGAGCGCAGCGCUCUGUGCAACGAGACGGCUGAGAACCCGGAGAUCGCCGCCAUCUCGCAGCACCAGGAUCCCGCGUCCGAGGGCGCCGCCGAGGAGAACAAGGCCAUCACUCUGGCUCUGGCGCAGCAGCUUGCACUUAUCGGAGCUGACCCCCAGCUUGCGCUCGAGUCGGGGACAUUCCCCCCUGGCGAGAUUGGGGACCCCACGGCCGCUGGCUUUACGUGCAACGACGCGACUGACCCCGUCGGCUGCAUUUUUACUGAGAACCUCCUCGUGCCUGACGCGACCCCUGAGGAGAUCGACGCUGCCGUUGCCGAAGUCCUUGCAGAGGGCGACGCCGCUGGCAUUGCUGACGGUGGCAACGUGAACGAUGCCCUCGUUCCCAUCUGCGAAGCCAUCGGAGCUGGUGCCGGUGCCGGUGCUGACGCCGGCGUCGUCGCCCCUCCCGCCAACGAGACCGCCGCCGCCGAUCCUGCCGCCUCCGAAGCCGUCGCAGCCCCCGUCGAAGAAGAGGAAGCCGCCGCUGGCGACGAGGCCGCCACGGCAACAGAGAGCAACAUCCAGACAUUCACCGGCACCCUCGGCGGCGCCGCGCCAGCCGUCGUCUCCUCGGCCGCCAACGCCGACCGCCCCUUCUCCGUCGGCGACGCGACCUUCACGACCGCCAACGCAGCCCUCUCGCGCUCCUGCGCCGUGCAGAACAACGCCUGCUUCAACGCCGCCAACGCGGGCCAGCUCGCCGAGGGCACGGCCGCCUGCUCGGCGCAGGAGGACGACUGUCUCGCCGCGGCCCGCCUGCGCAAGGUCCGCCGCAACGCGCGCGCCGUCACCCGCGGCGCCGACGGCCGCAUGCGCUUCGCCCGCGCCGCGCGCCUCGUGCGUCGCCAGAGCGACUUUGGCGCGUGCGCCGACCCCAGCAUCCAGUUUGCCGAGGGCCUCGACGGCCGGGCGGAGGCGAGCUUUGGGCCGGCGGGCGACUUUGACCACGGCAGCGCCAACAACGUCGACAUCAUCACAAGCUUCAUCUGUGGACAGCUGGGCUCACGGUGCGGCGCCGGCGAGGCCACCGUCGCUGCUUGCGAAGAUGGUGCUGCUGCUGCGAGUGGGUUGGAGGGGGAACAGGCUGCUCAGGCUUUCAACUCUGCGCUCGGACUGUAA